AUGUCGCGACUCCUACGUCUAGUAGGCUACAGCACCGUAGCAACAGGAAUCGCCAGCUACGGCAUCCACCGCAAACUGACCGAACUGGAAGAAAAGUACCCCGAACUUCCCCCAUCAACAGGCAGCCAAGCACUACAAACCCCUCAAGACCCAAUUACACAGCACUGCGCCUACACGAACAUCUACGCAGCCACGAUUCCACUCGCAGCCCUCCAAGCCCGAAUCCCAAGCCCCAAGCCCCCAACAACAAUCGAGCUCGAAAACGCCUGGGCCAGAUCUGUAUUCGGCAGUCGAGUCCUCCGUGCCGAAGGCCUUCUAAUAGGCCUAUUUACAAAUUUGUCGCUCUCGCCAUGCGACACAGGGGCGUCAGAGGCGGGGUUUUUGCCUUAUGAGAAUGGCGCGCCGCGUCUGCUGCUGAAUGGGGGUUUGCAGGUGCAGCGACUUCCCGGUGCCGAUGGUGAUAGUAAUGGGUUGCUUGUCUCUAUGAGAUUACCGGAUGGACCACGGGUUUUCUUCGAGAGGAUUGCGGCGUGGGGGUAUCCGUGGCGGUUGAUGACUUGUGUCCGGCAUGAGAUGAGCGUGUCUGGGCCUUUUGAAGUUGAGGGUGAGAAGUUCGUUCAGGUGCGGUUUGCUAGUGCGCAUGACUAUGAGGUUUUUGAUGUGGAGGGUGGAUUGGGGCAGCAGAAGGUGCUUCCGGGUUGGAGUAUGAGGCUGCAUCGUGGAUUUGCAAGAUAUGUGCUUGAUUCUACGGUGGAGGAGGUUGAGCGAGGGGGUUGA